CAGACCAAAAACAUGGCAAACCGCACGCAGCAGGCGACACAGUGUUCUGAUCCGACUAGAUGGGAAUGCAAAGGGUUAAGGCAACAAGAAAAUAGCCAGCCGCUGCCUGCACUGCACGUCUGCUCUUCAACACGGCAGAAACCGAACGACUCUUCAAAUACAAUGGGGACCAAGCUGAGAACGCUUCUUUCAGCAGUUAUAUUAGCAUCAUGGGUGCCCUCAGCAUCUGGUGCACACUAUCACACUCACACUUAUCACAGGCAGAAGGAUGUAGGACUCACUGAAGAAAUCAAUGCAGUAGCAGAGAGGAAUAAGAGAGAUGCUGACUAUGACAUCAACAAUGCCCUCCUGCCUGCCGAUACCCCAGAUGACUCCGGCCCACUCCAGCCCACGGGGGAUCCUUCAGACCUUCCAACCUGUCUACUGUGUGUGUGUCUGACUGGAUCUGUGUACUGUGAGGAGGUCGACCCAGAUAUGACAUCAGUGCCUGCUCUGCCCAAGGAGACAAAUUACCUCUAUGCUCGGUACAACAAGAUCAAAAAGAUAACAGCAAAAGAUUUCGGAAAUAUCGUGACUUUGAAGAGAAUCGACUUCACUGGAAACAUCAUUUCUGAGAUUGAGGAUGGUGCCUUUGCCAAGCUCACCAUGCUUGAGGAGCUCUCGCUAGCCGAAAACCAGCUGGUCAAGUUGCCAAUCCUGCCGGCAAAACUAAUGUCCUUCAAUGCCAAUCACAACAAACUGAAGACCAAAGGCAUCAAGGCGAAUGCUUUCAAGAAACUGAACAGACUGAUAAAUCUGUAUCUUGCUCACAAUGAACUGGAAGCUGUUCCUGUGAUUCCAGAAAGUGUCCGUAUGCUUCACCUUCAGAAUAAUAACAUUUCGACGGUGAGUGUGGACACCUUCUGCAAAAGUAACAACACCUACUACAUCCGCCCCAAUAUGAACGAGAUCCGUAUGGACGGAAACCCAGUCAUCCUCGCCCAGUAUCCCAACAGUUUCACAUGCCUGCAGUCUCUGCCAAUUGGGCGAUACCAGUGAAAAAGAAUCAAAGAUGGGAAGGCAACGCGAAAUCUGUGGAUAUCCAAUGAUGAUAACUAAAACCC